AAUCAUAAUUAUGGUAGUUGGGUCAUAAUUUGCUGUAAAGUCCAUGCCUACCUGUUCUUGUCAACACUGCACAGCUUCACCCGUUUCUGGUGGCAGUUCCGCAGUUGUUACAUCCAUUGCAAGCUAUUAUUUGUGAAUUUUUGCAGCUGGCAUGGUAUAGAGAGAAAUGGAAGACUACAUUACAAAGAUCAUAGUUGUUGGGGUUGUUUCAUGGACAACAGCCUUUGUCCUAGUAAGAAGAAUCUUUCCCAAACGCACCUUUGAUUUCUCCAACCGCAUUGUCUCUACAAUCCAUGCAACUUUAGCAGUAACAUUGGCUUCCCUUUCUGUCGAAGAUUGGAAGUGUCCAAUUUGUCCUGUGGCCUCAAAAUCUUCCCAUCCAAAGAUGCAAGUUCUGGCAGUGAGCCUUUCUUACCUCAUUUAUGAUUUAGUGUGUUGUCUCUUUGAUGGAAGAGUCAAUAUGGACAACACCAUCCACCAUUUGGUGAGCAUUGUUGGAAUUGGAGCAGGUCUUUAUUAUCAAAAGUGUGGGUCAGAAAUGGUGGCGGCAUUAUGGGUAACAGAAAUGUCAAGCCCAUUCUUGCAUUUGAGGGAGCUUCUGAAGGAGCUUGGUUACAGGGAUACCCUCCUUAAUUUCACUGCUGAUAUACUAUUUGCUGCAAUAUUUACAUUUGCUCGGAUGAUGGCUGGACCUUGUCUCACUUAUGUAACUUUAUCUGCCAACAACCCAUUUCUCAUAAAGGCUAUGGGAUUGGGUUUGCAGCUGGUAAGCACUUUCUGGUUCUUCAAAAUUGUGAGAAUAAUGAAACACAAAUUAACCAAGAGAUCAACAAUGACAAAUGGCAUCAAGCACGCCGACACAAGGAGGAAGAUGUCUAACUCACAGUUUCAGCAUAGCUAGAGAUCAACAUUUGAGAACUUAAUAAUCUGCUAUUUAGUUCGAUGAUGAGACACGGUGCAAAAGGAUAAAUCUAAGUGGCUUGAUCAAUCAUUUCAGUGCAUGUUUGUAAAUUUUUCUAUAAUUGACUUUAAAGCCAAAACCAAUUAUGGGGAGAAGUUUCUGUGAGUAAUUUUUGGACGCCAGAAUUGAUUUUGAGAAAAAAUAAGCUAAUCUAAACAUGCUAUCAAUUUGUCUUUGUGAAGAAAA